AAUUUACGCAAAGUGAAACAAACCUCUGAACCCUGAUGGAAAUGUGGCUGCAUGUGGCACAUGUUUGAGGCGUUCUGAGCUGCGGGGAUCCAGAUCAACGCCGACAAUCCCCACUAAUAUCUUGGCAUUUGGAGAUACCGAGGUCAAGGUAGGGGAGGUUCAAUUCGAUGCCAGGGACAAGGACUCGUGUAACACAGUAACCCUUACAUCGUCAAGAUGUCGUUAUACAUCGAGGCAAUACGUCAGGUUUUCCCUGGCAAACCUACCUACACCGACAAAGACAUACCGGAUCUGUCAGGCAAGGUUUAUAUCGUGACCGGCGCAAAUACGGGAAUCGGCAAAGAAGUUGCCCGCAUUCUGUUUUCCAAAAAUGCAGUCGUUUGGGUGGCGGCGCGAAACGAGGAAAAGGGUCGGAUUGCGAUUCAAUCGAUCCAAGAGGCACAUCCUUCGUCGACAGGGAGAUUGGAGUUUCUACUCCUAGACCUAAGUGACCUAUCCACCAUUAAGAAGUCGGUCGGGUCGUUCCUAGCAAAAGAGACGCAGCUUCAUGUUUUGUAUAACAAUGCUGGCGUUAUGUUCCCUCCUAAAGGGAGUAAAUCGGCUCAGGGAUACGAACUACAGCUAGGCACCAAUUGUCUGGGACAUUUCCUCUUCACCAAGCUUCUCACGCCGACGUUAGUCGAGACGGCAAAGGUAUCCCCCGAGGGUAGCGUCCGCGUCAUUUGGGUAUCGUCGAGCGCUGCUGAACAUCUCAUCCCCGUGGAAGGCGGCAUCGAUAUGGACAACCUCGAUUAUAAGAAGGAUCUAUUUUACGCGUAUAGAUACGGCGUCAGCAAGGUCGGAAAUGUUUAUCAGUCGACCGAGUACGCACGGAGGCACCGCAAGGACGGGAUCGUCAGCCUUUCUUUGAACCCGGGCAACUUGGCAUCAGAACUUGAUCGAUAUUGCAAUCCGAUUGAAAUGCUCUAUCGGAAGCUUACCGUAUAUCCUGUCAUCAACGGAGCAUACACAGAGUUAUUCGCCGGUCUCUCGAAUGAGGUGACGCUCGAACGAUCGGGCGAUUGGAUCGUUCCAUGGGGACGGUUUGCCGAUAUUCGCCAGGAUAUCCUCCAAGGAUCAAAACCCCAGUCGGAGGGCGGCACAGGUAUUGCGCAGAAGUUCUGGGACUGGAACGAAGAACAAACAAAACCUUAUGUAUAAUUGAAAUCGAGGCACGAUCCUUUCAUUCGACGAGAACUACGGGCAGCGGCAUUGCAUAGCAUAGGAGAUAAUCGAUUCGGAAGCCUGCCGGCCAUUCGCGACACCCGCAUAGCCGCGUAAAAUUGACCAAUCGAUGGGAUGGGACGUUUGUUGCCGAAGGCUCUUUGUACGGAAUACAUAUCGUGCUUCAUCCUCAUAAAGAACACGCUAUUGCACGUGUAGAACCCUUCCAGAAGAUUUCGUCCUUUUUGCCUUCCUUUUGUGUUGGUUUCAAUGGCUGUCCACGUGGACAAGUCAAAUAUUCUUGUGGUUGCAACUGUAAAUGUAGCAGGUAUUGACGAGUCCCGAGCCUGC